AUGUUCGGCUGGUUCAAGUCUUCCAACGACUCCAAACCCACCCAGGAGCCUACCUGGAAUGCGACCACUAUAGCCAUGGAACAGCCCUCUAACGCUGAGGCCAUGUCUUCCAACAACGUCGUCUCCCAGCAGCCUAGCCCCGAGUCCAUGAAGAUGGAACUCCGCGGUGGCGGUGGUGGUGAUGUCUGCUGUGGAAUCUGCGCUGGUAUCGCUUGCUUCGAGUGUUGUGAGUGCUGCUGCUAG